AUGGCCUCUGAUAUAGAUCAAAAGAAUGAAACAGCUAUUGUCUUCUGUGCUGCCGAUGAGGCUGCUCUUUGCCGUGCCUGUGAUGAAAAGGACGAUUGUUCUGGAAAUGGAACCUUUGCUUUGAACUGUUUAUGGAUGAUGUUACAGGUUCAUAUGUGCAAUAAGCUUGCUGGCCGCCAUGUCCGGGUGGGUCUAGCAAAUCCCAGUGAUGUUCGUCGCUGUGAUAUAUGUGAAAAUGCACCUGCUUUCUUUUACUGCGAGAUAGAUGGAAGUUCCCUUUGUUUGCAAAGUGAUAUGAUUGUACAUGUUGGAGGUAAAAAAACCCAUGGAAGAAAUCUUCUAUUAAGGCAAAGAGUAGAGUUCCCGGGGGAUAGUGCGGUGGAUCGAAGUGAGAACGGAAUAGGCCAAAACCAGCCGGCUAAACCUACGAUAGGAGAGAACCAACAAAAUCACAAGGUCUCUCCUGCUCAAGUGAUGGGUGCUAAAGAUCUCAAGACUGAUACUAAACUAGAUUUGAAUAUGAAGCCUCAUCGAAUGCAUGAGCAAGCCUCAAACAAUCAGGUUGGAACUGUUGUCACCAUUAUCUUAAACAGUAAACCUGGCUUGUUUACCGGCGGUGUCCGGUGCUGUAAGGCAUGUGCUUGGCAAAUUUAUGGCCCAUUAGUUGUGAGGAUAACAGCAUCGUAA